AGAAAAAAAAACUGGAUCGUCUUCUCCAUCGCAGCCCGGGCAAAACACAACUACAGAUAAAUAAGCGGCGGCGGUCGAAUAGAGCUUCAGCUCCCACGCCGGAACACCUCUACAUCUGAAUCUCAGCCCGGGCUAGAGCCUACCCUGCAGAGAAGGUAAAAGGAUAAGCAAUGGUUGGUUUUAAAAACAGGUACAUGGUAAUGGAAGUGUUCUUGGAUCCAAAUCGAGACAUUAAUGCGAGUGAUGAUCCUAUCAUAUUAACUCAGUAUAAUCUUGCAAAAGCAGUUAAAGACAGCGUUUUGGUAAAUUAUGGGGAGUGUGGUUUAGCUUCUUCGCUUGGAUCAUUUCAAAUCAAGUAUGUGAAUCCCAUUACGAAGCUAUGUAUCAUCCGAGCCUCGAGGGAUGAGUACCAAAAAGUUUGGUCUGCAGUUACCAUGAUUAGGAGUAUUGGAAAUUGCCCUGUUUUAAUCAACUUACUUGACCUCAGUGGAAGUAUAAAGGCCUGCAAAACAGCUGCAUUGAAGUGUGAUGAAGCUAAAUUUGAGCAGUAUAAGCUUGUGGUUGGAGACCGUCUAUCACCUGAUGUUACAAUGCACGUGCAAAAUUGUCUUGAGAAGAUCAAGAUUCUGGAGCAUUGAGAAUACAUAGGGUGUGCAAGAAUCGAUUUAAACCAAAAUUUUGUACUGAACCAAUAUAACCAAUUUGGUUUCCUUGUCCUCUGUAUUCGGUUUGGUUCAGUUUCUUUUUCUGAAAACUGAAAUAACCGAAGAGAGGUAAGCAUAGCAUGUGAGUUAAUCUAUAAUUUGGGCCAGAUUUGACCUGUUUUUGUUAUAUUUUAAAAUAUUGGAAAAAGUGGCAUGGUGCCACAAUCCUGGCAAUCAAACUCAGGAUUGAAAGUGCGUUAUGGUUUAAA